AUCAAACAGGACCCAAUAGCCUCCUGAAACUUGGGGAGUGGACACCGCAGCUUUGACCACCCAAGGCACCACUUCUGCUCCAAAGCUUGUAACUCCAUUUGUCAUCUGAGGCCUCAUCUUGUACCCCAAGGAUGGAACUACUAAUAGGAGUAAAAAUUGGCUGCCUAUUUGCCCUGCUGGCUCUCACUCUCGUCUGUGGCCUUAUUCCCAUCUGCUUCAAAUGGUUCCAGAUUGAGGCAGCCACAGGUCAUCACCGCCGGGUCCUCAGCUUCCUGGGCUGCAUUUCUGCUGGUGUUUUCCUGGGUGCGGGGCUCAUGCACAUGACUGCUGAGGCCCUGGAGGGAAUUGAAUUGGAGAUCCAGAAGUUCAUGAUGCAGAACAGGACAGAGAAUGAGAGUUAUUCCUCUGGUGAUGCUAAUUCAGCUUAUACAGACUAUCCCUAUGGAGAGCUCGUCAUCUCCCUGGGUUUCUUCCUCAUCUUCCUUUUGGAGUCGCUGGCAUUGCAGGGCUGUCGUGGAGCCGAUGGAGGAUCAAAAGUGCAGGAGGAGGAGAUGGGUGGGGCUCAUGUCCUUGGACUCCACAGUCACAGACCUCUACCCUCACCCUCGAGGAGUCCCUUUCGAGCCCUCGUCCUCCUGCUCUCACUCUCCUUCCACUCAGUGUUUGAAGGCCUGGCCGUGGGGCUGCAGACAACAGUAGCAGCCACCGUGCAGCUCUGUCUUGCUGUCCUGGCUCACAAGGGACUCAUAGUGUUUGGGGUAGGACUGCGGCUGGUGCAGACAGGCACUGGAUCACGAUGGGCCGUGUUCUCCAUACUGUCAUUUGCUCUCAUGUCCCCUCUGGGCCUAGCCCUGGGGCUGGCUGUGGUUGGAGGAGAUGCUGAAGGGGGCCGAGGCUUAGCCCAGCCUGUGUUAGAGGGUGUGGCAGCUGGCACCUUCUUAUAUGUCACCUUCCUAGAAAUUCUGCCCCAGGAGCUAGCUGGUCCUGAGGGCCCUCUGCUCAAGUGGGGCUGUGUAGCUGCUGGCUUUGCCUUCAUGGCCUUCAUUGCUUUGUGGGCCUAAGAGGUUCCUGACUUUCCUGCGGAUCCAUCUAGAAGAGUGUUCCCACCACCAGCAGACACCCACAGAUGGCUUUGGCCCUCAGACAUUUCUUUGCUGAGACUAAGCAGCGUUCACUAGGCAUCAUCCACAUGAACUGGAUCCCAGGUUUUCCUCGUGAGAUGCCUCUGCUCAUCCAGUACUGGGAACAGGAUGUGUAUGUUUGGCUGAGUACUUAUACUCUGGAGAAUUGGUACAAAGACCACCACUCCAAAUUUGACUCUUGUUCCAUUUUUGCUGCUAUGUGUAAUAAAAUGUCCAU